AUUCAGUCUUGUCAAAGAAAGAUAAUUUGAACAACCGUCAAGUAAAUGUUCCCGCGUCUAUAGUGUCAUUGUAAUAAAUGUGAUUAUAAUUAUUAUUAUUAGGGAAUAUACAAAAUGAAAAUACAAAUAUCACCAGCAUUAUUACGGCAAUAUGCCAUCGUUUUAUCUGUGAAUCUCAAUGUAUUGGCAACCGGCGUCAGUCUGGCAUGGUCAUCACCCAUGCUGGUCAAACUACAAGAUCCAGAGAAAACGCCACUCUCACGACCUUUGACGGAUGCUGAGGCUUCAUGGGUCGUUUCAUUGGGGUUUAUUUUAGCUGCUGGGUCAAACUUUGUGGGAGGAUACUUAAUAGACUUUAUAGGAAGAAAAUAUUGUAUCCUAGCAGUGUCAAUACCAAAAUUGUUGACAGCAAUACUUCUAAUCUGCGCUACAGAACUAUGGAUGGUCAUUCUCGGAAGAAGUGUUAUGUUUAUGGCAGAUUGCUUUGUUCUUGUCGUUGUGCCAAUUUAUGCAGCAGAAAUAGCGAGUAAGGACCAACGAGGAGCUCUCGGUACUUUACUUCAAGUAUUUUCAUCUUUGGGAAUAGUGAUAUCUUUAGCAAUUGGUCCAAAUGUUUCAUACCACGUUUUGAGUUACAUUUUACUUGGACUAAUUAUAUUAGUGACUGUACCAGUCAUUUUUAUACCAGAAAGCCCAUAUUAUCUUCAUUCUGAUGGAAAAACCGGAGAUUCCUUAAAAAUUCUGACACUUCUCCGCGAAUCAGAUACACAAGCAAAACAAGAACUGGCAGACUACGAACUAACAAUCGAUAAAACCUUUGACAAAAUGGCUUGUUUCAAAGACAAAAUAUUCGUAAAAGCUUUACUAAUCACCCUUCUUUUGUUUGGAGGCACACAAUUUGUCGGCUUUAAUUCUGUGUCGGUUUACUUACAAACUAUAUUAAUUUCAACUAACACUAAUGUUAUGCCGGAAGUGGCUUCAGCUAUCAUAGGUGCUAUACAAGUAGUGUCAAGCCUAUUUGUAACUUUUAUUAUGUCUACGUUCGGGAGAAAGACUAUUUUAUUGGUGUCGUUAGCUGGAAUGUGUGCAGGAAUGUUCGCCUUGGGCAGUUUCUUUCAAACGAUUACUCCAGGUGACCAGAUCACUGGUUUUAUGAAUUAUUUGCCAAUUAUCUCUUUAAUAUUGGUUGUCGUCUGCUAUAGUGCUGGCAUUGGAGCAAUAGUAUGGCCGGCUACAACAGAAUUAUUUGAAGGCCAAGCAAGAGCUUUUGGGGUUUCAAUUGGCCUCACUUUCUGCCAAAUAGCUAUGUUCUUUAUAACAAAAUAUUUCUCUACAAUGACUAAUGCUCUCGGACCCGCGCCUACUUAUUGGUUUUACGGAACCAAUUGCGUCAUCAUUGCGGUGGUUAUUGCAAUAUUUCUUCCUGAAACUAAGGGGAAGACUUUUGCGGAAAUUCAAAAAGCUUUGGGUAAAAAAGAUGCAAAGGAAAACAUUACAAGCUAAGGAUUUUGCAUGAAAGUACGACAUCUUAGAUAUGAGGAGAUUACUUGACGCUACGAGAUAGUUUCCCGUGGUCGUUAUGUGUAUUUCUUAUUGUAAAUAUUCAAAUAUAAUAUAUUUAAUCACAUUUUUUAUAAGAAACUUGUUAAAAAUAUUUUGCAAACAAAUUUGAAUAAGCUAACUACUAAUAAUAGCUACCAUAGCACGUAAAACAAAUAAUACGGUUCACGACUCAACGACAGAUGAUUGUUUUAAUGACUGCAAUUAUGACAGAUUUCCUCUGUUGAGAUAGGCGUUACUCCCCGACUUUGUUUGUUUCAUUUAAAACGGCGCUGUCUCAUAUGAACAGCACGGUUAGUAGGUCUCUAUAUAUUUUCUGACAAAUUAGUUAGACUAACUUAAAGUCAAUCAAAUUAUUAGGACAAUAUAAUGUAGUUACAAUUAAAUUGUUAUUUUCGGAGUCGUCGUCGAUAGGUGAGAUGUGCUUGUGUCGAUCGUGCGACGUAAUGAGGCGAAAUGAGGCCGCGGCGGGAGGACACCGAUUACAAUUCAAAAAAUAAGUUGAUUGUUCAGCUGUAGAAGGAUACGCAAUUAUUUUUUAACUUUUUUUGGUUUUUUAACUGUUUUAGUGCAUAUCAUAUUGUUUUGGAAUAGUUUUUUUUAAGUAGAUUGAUUUUUGUUAAAACUUUUAUACAAAUACUUUAUUUAUAACGUAAUUGUGAUUUAUCCUUCUAUAAAGAUGAAUUUCAGAGGCUGAAUCAAGAUAGUUUUUUAUAGAACUGAAUAUUAACAAAACUGAAAAAAUAUAUAUAAAAAGGAAAGAUAUAUAAACGCACGGAGACAGGGUACCACUGUUGACACUUAGUUUUCAUUUAUAAAUAAGUAAAGACAAAUAUCAUAUUAAAACAAUGUUAUUGAAAUAAGAUUAUUUGUGAUAUGCUGGCUUCAUUAGAGUUAAGUGUAGCUGUACUUCAUCCCAGUCUUUUUGAGUCCAUGAUACCUUGAAAGAGCUUGCUUCUGUCUACUAAUUUCCACGUUAAUUACUUCUUCCAGUUUUUUACGAUGUUUGCGGUCAUUCAAUGCUUGUCUCUUAGUUGUGGCUUAGUUUAUCGCCUUCUUCCAGAACCAAGCCUUCUCUCAACGGGACUGUUCUCUUAAUAGGUGACUCGGUAAACCCUUGGGACUGUUGAACGACUCUCAUUUAGCGUUCAGACGCGAAGUUCUGAGCAAUCGUAAAAAUAAGUCGGGUUAAAGAGCUAGAAGCGCCACCAAGUAGGACUAAGUGUCUUACACUUGAGUGGAAUAAGCAAAAGCAAAUCAAGCUUUGUCACUUCCAGUAUUGGCACGUUUAUAUUAAAGAAUAUUGGUAGAUUGCUAAACUAAAUAAUUACUAGCUAAUGAAUAAACAUAAAAUAGAAGCCAUUGUUAUAAUUUGUAAUUGAGAAAAUAUCUAAAUUUAAACACGGACUAGUAGAAAAAGAAGGACUCCGUGCCGUGUUAUUAGCAAGUGAAGCACCUUUAUGCUAGUGUUUGUGCGGUUACGGGGUAUACCAGAUACACAAUUUUUUCCCACUUAAAUAACCAUAUAUCCACAAAUACUUUUAUAGUAUUGUUUUUAGACAUUAUUACAACGCUCGACGGCAUUCUUAAAAUAUUUUAUUGCGACGCAAACUGAUCUGUCACAGACGAUGGCAAAUAUCAUAAUGGCAGCCGUUCGGCUUGUAUUAGUGUAUGCGUGGGGCUAUAUAUUUACCGGCGGUGUUUGGAAUUUAAAUAAAAUUUAGGAAUAUUGUAUUAAGAUACUGGGAAUAGAAACUGUUGUGUAAUUAUAUAAAUAUAAACGGCAAUAAAAUGUUAUGAUUA